ACAAAGCGCGAUAGCCUGAAUCAGCUAACAGCAAAAAAAAGCAUAGCAGGGCUCCGUACAGUCGCGAGGAGGGAGGGAGGGAUCACACACCCUCGCGGUGAACAGGGGGGCAAAACAAGCGCGGUUUCCUUUGUUUACAUUGGAAUAAAAGUGAAGAUGGGACGCUUUCCAGGACUGGAGGUGAUUUGGAUGCUACUGCUUUGGAUGCUCAACGUCUACACGACCAGCAUAGCAGCUCGAGCAGCAUCCCAGCGGUGUGAUGAGGUGCUGGCCACUCCUCUGCCCUACAGUGCUUUCAGCAGCUCCUCCGUGCUAGCAGCUGAUUUUGGUGCUGGCUAUGCUAAACUGAACCGCAGAGUGGGUAACGGAGGCUGGUCGCCACUGGACUCAGACAGGUAUUGGUGGCUGCAGGUGGACCUCAGAAGCAGGAAACAGAUCACGGCCAUAGCCACCCAGGGCAGAUACAGCAGUUCUGACUGGACCAAACAGUACAGGCUCCUGUACAGUGACACAGGAAGUAACUGGAGGCCUUAUCGACAGGAUGGCAACAUAUGGACGUUUUCAGGUAACUGGAACUCAGAGAGAGCAGUGCGCCAUGAGCUGCAGUACACCAUAGUGGCCCGAUAUCUGCGCUUUAUUCCCCUUGAGUGGAGUGAGGAAGGCAGGAUUGGUUUGAGAGUGGAGGUCUACGGCUGCGCUUACUGGGCGGACGUGAUUAAUUUCGAUGGCCAGGGAGUGAUCUCCUACCGCUUCCGACAGAAGAAGAUGAAGAUCCUGAAGGAUGUUAUCUCUCUGAGAUUUAAGACCAGUAAAGGAGAUGGGGUUCUCCUUCAUGGGGAAGGACAGCAGGGAGAUUACCUCACUCUGGAGCUACGCAGAGCCAGGCUUGUGCUACAAAUCAACCUAGGUAGCAACCAGUAUGGCUCCAUCCAGGGUCACACCUUGGUCUCCAGCGGCAGCCUUCUGGACGAUGACCACUGGCACUCUGUGCUAGUCGAGAGAUACAGACGCAGUGUGAACUUCACCCUGGACCAACACACGCAGAGCUUCCGCACCAAUGGCGAGUUUGACCAUCUCGACCUGGACUAUGAGAUCAGUUUUGGAGGAAUGCCUGUGUCAGCUAAGCCUAGCUCAGGCGGCCCACAGAAUUUCAUCGGCUGCAUGGAAGGCAUCCACUACAACGGAGACAACAUCACCAACCUGGCCCGCAGGAAGAGAGUGGACACAUCCAGUUUUCGUAACCUGACCUACACCUGCCCAGCCUCACAGACGUUUCCAGCCUUCUUUAACUCCACUAGCACCCUGCAGCUUCCAGGCCAGAGCGACGCGGACACAGUGUCGGUCAGCCUGCAGUUCCGCACAUGGAGCCCCAGCGGUCUGCUGGUCUUCACCCCACUCAUGCCCGGAGGUGUGGAGCUCAGCCUAGUGGAGGGUAAAGUGGUGGUGCACAUCUACAUCUCGCAGGGCAAGAAUACACGUGUGGACAUCUCCUCAGGUUCUGGCCUCAAUGAUGGACAGUGGCACAGUGUUCAUUUCCUGGCUCUGGAGAGCUUCGCAAUGCUGACCAUCAACGGUGAUGAGACAUCCUCUGUAAGAGCCUCUCUGCCCAUUCAGAUCCGGACAGUAGGAGAUUACUACUUUGGAGGCUACUUCCCACGGACGGACCUCUCUCCAUCUCAGCGCUCCUUCCAGGGCUGCAUGCAGCUUAUCCAUGUGGAUGGAGAACUGGUGGACUUGCACGCUGUGGAGAAGGGCAUGCUGGGAAGUUUCGAGAAUGUCAGCUUGGACAUGUGUGCCAUUAUAGACAGGUGUGUCCCUAACCACUGUGAGCAUGGAGGCAGGUGUUCCCAGACUGGUGACACGUUUAAAUGUUCCUGUGAUGGCACUGGAUACAUGGGAGCUACCUGCCACACAUCUGUCUAUGAGCAGUCCUGCGAAGAAUAUAAGCACCUGGGCCGAACCUCCGACUCAUACUGGAUCGAUCCGGAUGGGAGCGGACCCCUGGAGCCUUUUAAAGUCAGCUGCAACAUGAUGGAGGACAAAGUGUGGACGACACUGGUAAAUGAUCUACCUCCUCAGAGCGCAGUAAGCUCAGGCUCUGAUCCCGCACAGGGAACUGUACUGAGGCUCAACUACAGCAUGACCACUGACCAGGUAAACGCUAUCACCAGCAGCGCAGAGCACUGUGAGCAGUAUGUGGCCUACGCUUGCCGUAUGUCACGCCUACUCAACUCACCAGAUGGCUCGCCGUACACCUGGUGGGUUGGUCGGGGGAAUGAGAAACACUUCUACUGGGGCGGCUCGGGACCAGGAAUUCAGAAAUGUGCCUGUGGCAUUGAGCGUAACUGCACUGACCCUAACUACUACUGCAACUGCGAUGCUGACCAGAGACAGUGGAGGGAGGACGCAGGUGUGUUGAUGUAUAAGGACCAUCUACCUGUCACUCAAGUGGUUGUUGGGGACACACAGCGUUCUGGAUCUGAGGCCAAGCUUACUGUAGGGCCUCUCCGCUGCCAAGGAGACCGCAAUUAUUGGAAUGCUGCAUCCUUCAACACACCGGCAUCAUAUCUACACUUUCCCACAUUUCGAGGGGAGACCAGUGCAGAUAUCUCUUUCUAUUUCAAGACCUCGUCCUCGUACGGCGUCUUUCUGGAGAACAUGGGCAACACCGACUUUAUUCGCCUGGAGCUGAAAUCUGCCUACAUGGUGUCCUUCUCAUUUGAUGUGGGUAACGGGCCGGUGGAGCUGACUGUGCGCUCACCAACGCCUCUCAAUGACGACCAGUGGCAUCGGGUGGAGGUGGAGCGCAAUGUGAAAGAGGCAGUGCUGCGUUUGGAUAAGCAGCACAGGGAGGUGCGGGCAGCCCCGCCUCAGGGCCACACCCGGCUACAGCUCUACAGUCAGCUGUUUGUGGGCGCCUCGGGAGGGCAGAGAGGAUUUCUGGGAUGCAUCCGCUCCCUGAAGAUGAACGGCGUGACCCUUGAUCUGGAGGAACGGGCAAAGGUGACCCCAGGGGUGAAGCCCGGUUGCUCAGGUCACUGUUCCAGCUACGGCAUGCACUGUCAGAAUGGCGGCAAAUGUGUGGAGAAAUAUAAUGGCUAUUCCUGCGACUGCGGCCUCACAGCCUUCGAUGGGCCUUUCUGUACAGAUGAUGUCGGGGGCUACUUUGAGAGUGGCACGAUGGUCCGGUAUGACUUCAUGUCGGACAGUGCCUCUGCCCCUGUGGAAAAAGGUGUGUCUGGAGCUCUGAGUGUGGAGGGGAACCUGACUCAGGAGGAGCUGAGUUUCAGCUUCAGCACAUCUCACGCCCCCUCCGUGCUGGUGUACAUCAGCUCCAAGACACAGGACUACCUGGCAGUGGUGCUGCGCCAUAAUGGUACACUGCAGAUACGCUACAGCUUGGGGGGCUUGAAGGAGCCCUUCACCAUCAGCCUGGACCAUCGCAACAUGGCCAAUGGGCAGCCACACAGCGUCAACAUCAGCAGACAGGAGAGACUCAUUCAGUUGCAGUUAGAUCAUUACCCCACUGUGAGCUACUCUCUCCCUGACGCUUCUGACACUGUGUUCAAUCUGGUCAAGACCAUUUUCCUUGGAAAAGUCUUUGAAACGGGUCAGAUAGAUCCGGUGCUGAUAGAGCGGUAUAACUCCCCAGGCUUCGUGGGCUGCCUUUCCAGGGUGCAGUUCAACCGCAUCGCCCCACUGAAAGCUGCACUAAGACCGGCUAUACCAUCUACCGCCUCUAUUCAGGGGGUCCUAGUAGAGUCCAACUGCGGCGCCUUACCACUCACCAUCCCACCCAUGUCCGCAGCCUUUGACCCCUGGCAGCCGGAAUCAGCCGGAAUCCAGUUCCCGUUUAAUGAAGAGCGGGUAAAUCGGGAUGGAGUAAACCGGGACUCUGCGAUAAUUGGAGGCAUCAUCGCCGUGGUGAUCUUCACCAUCCUCUGCACGCUGGUGUUCCUGGUGCGCCACAUGUUCCGUCACAAGGGUUCCUACCACACCAAUGAGGCAAAGGGGGCGGAGUCAGCAGACUGCGCCGACGCUGCCAUCAUUGUAAACGACCCUGCCUUCACAGAGACUAUCGACGAAAGCAAGAAGGAGUGGUUUAUUUAGUCACGUCUUUCAGGAUAUACAGGGGAUGUGCAGAGAGCGCCAUCCAGUGGAACCACAAGGCUUAAGAUUACCACAAAGAAUUUUGAAUAAAAUGGACUCGAGUGUGAAAAAUGGACUCAAACGCCUGUCGGGACGUGCAUUGGCUGGCAAGUCUGUCAUGUAAUUACGUUUUAUGUGAAUGAGUGAGUGUAACGCAAGGACUUCUAUCAAAUCUGAAUCCAUCCCAUGCACAUAUAGGGAGGCAUAUUUUCUGCAUUCCAUGGACUAAAAUACUAAAGCAAUUGGUGCAUUUUUAUCAUGUUUGAUUGUACUACAAAUGUCAAUUAUCAGUGUUGGACUGCCAGACAAAUUAUCAGCAACCCCAAUAGCAAAAUGUAUAUUUAUUUAAGUUACAGAUGAAGACAUUUGAUUGUAUUUAAAUGCAUUUUUAUUGCCGACAUCUUUAAAACAGUCACACAAAUAUAGAAGCAUGGAAAAAGAAUGACAUUCCUCAAUGUUGCGUCAGUGUUAAAGCAGCACUUUUUGUCUUAUGUGGUAGUUUACGUUCUUAUAGUAAUCUGGAUUCUGUAGCUGUAUACAUCACCAACUAUUCUUGCAUAUGCUUACAUUUUGCCUCCUUUAUGGCCCUUUUUGAAGCUUAAUUGAUAAUUAUAAUUGUGACAUUUCAAACACAAUUUUAAAAUCAAUAAACAAUAAACAGCAACUUAUUCAAGAUCUCAUAGCUUGUUAAUGACUGUUAAUAAUUGUAUAAUAGUUUUGCAUUAAUAAAUGCUAUUUAAAUUAUUAACACUUUACUUAGUGACAUACAAAUAACCAGUCAUUAUUUACAGUGGUAGAAACCUGAUCAUUUAAUUAUAG